GCCCACAUCUCCUCGCUGUCUCUUUGAACGGAGGUUGUCCGCGUUCUUCAUACACCAAAUACCUUCGGCUGAAAGCAACGUUUUUGCAAGUAUGACCGGCAGGAAGUUUUUCGUGGGUGGCAACUGGAAACUGAACGGCGACAAAAAGAGCAUCGAAGAGCUCGCCAAUACAUUGAAUAACGCCAAGCUCAACCCAGACGCCGAGGUGGUGUGUGGUGCUCCAUCCAUCUACCUCGACUACGCCAGGUCCAAGCUGAACCCUAACAUUGAUGUGGCGGCACAGAACUGCUACAAGGUUGCAAAGGGAGCCUUUACCGGAGAGAUCAGCCCUGCGAUGAUUAAGGACUGUGGAGUAAAAUGGGUUAUUCUGGGACACUCCGAGAGACGCCAUGUGUUUGGAGAGAGUGAUGAGUUGAUUGGGCAGAAGGUGGCUCAUGCUCUUGAGAGCGGUUUGGGUGUGAUCGCCUGCAUCGGUGAGAAGCUGGAUGAGAGAGAGGCCGGGAUUACUGAGAAGGUUGUUUUUGCACAGACCAAGUUCAUCGCAGAUAACGUGAAGGAUUGGAGCAAAGUGGUCCUUGCUUACGAGCCUGUGUGGGCCAUUGGCACCGGCAAAACUGCAUCACCCCAGCAGGCUCAGGAGGUGCAUGACAAGCUCAGGCAGUGGGUGAAAGCCAAUGUCUCAGAGGCUGUGGCCAACUCCCUCAGGAUCAUUUAUGGAGGAUCCGUCACUGGAGGGACCUGCAAGGAACUAGCUUCUCAGAAAGAUGUGGACGGCUUCUUGGUGGGCGGCGCUUCCUUGAAACCAGAGUUUAUCGACAUUAUUAACGCAAAAGCAUAAAUAAAGCAAUCAUCUACCUAAACCCUAAGGUUUAGGUCUGCUCCCAAAUCCCGCUCUUUAGAAAGUGUUAUUGUGCUUUUGUUGCUGUAUUUUCUUUUUUUUUUUUUUUUUUUAUUGUUGUUGUUGUUGUUAUUAUUAUUAUUAUUAUUAUUAUUAUUAUUAUUAUUAUUAUAAUUAUUAUUAUUAUAAAGGGACAGAUUGAGACGUACUGAACACAGAAAUACGUGUGUUAUUAGCCCUCCUACUAGUGUAGUUAACUACAGGACUGUAGUGAGAACCAUCAUGGGGCUUCGAGUCCAUGCCUUUACUUGAAUAAUGUUUACCAACAUUCUCAUGUAUGCAGUGUCAAAAAUCUAGGGAGAAGUAAAUCGACUUCAGUGUGUUAUUAAUUCAAGCGAAACUACUUUCCAUGAAUGUGGUUGUCCUGAUGUUUUCCUGUUUCUCUGAGUGGCCUAUCCUAAAGGUGCUCACAUGUAAUAACCAACGUCAUUUGGUAUAAAAGAUACCUAGAAGAUAAAUAUUCUAAUAAAUGUUUCAGAAGUGUAGACCUAA